AUGGGCGACAUUCUCACUCAAAUCCAAGAUGAACUGGACAUGCUCCUGAACCAGAUGUCAGCAGCUCUACGCGAAAUUCGCGAGAAUGCCCCACCAAGCGUUCCCCCAGGCCAACCACGCCUCGACACUUUCGCGGAACUGGAAGCUCGCACCGCUGCCGAAAACGCCCAGCAGAACCCCACGACAGAUGCCUCACAGCAGGCAACUGCGCCUCCGGCCAGAUCUUCCCCGGAACAGUUUCAAAAAGAUCUCAAGGAGCUCGCACAAGACAUAACGUUGAAGGAACAGCAGAUUGAGAGACUGAUCGCACACCUGCCGGGUUUGAAUUGGAGCGAGAAGGAACAAGUAGAGAGGAUGAAAGAACUCGAGAGACAACUGGAAGAUUUGGAGGGGGAGAGGAUAAAGGCAGUCAAGGAUAAGGACACCUUGAUGAAGAUUGUAGAAGACAAGAUAGCAGGCGUAGGCAGGGUUCGAUGA